GGAUAUAAGAAAUACUAGCAAGUCUACCUCCCAUCUACGACAACCUGUAGUUUUGUGUAGUGCCAUGGACGGCCGUUUAGACACUGAUCUGUAUCCUCUGGGAUCCAGUUACGUCACUGAAAUAGACAGUGUCCAUGAUAUAACAGUCGGCACAAAGAGGGGAUCUGACGAACUCUUUUCCUCUUGCAUAUCUAACGGCCCUUAUAUAAUGAGCUCUGGAGCAGCAAAUGGUAAUGACAGCAAGAAGUUCAAAGGGGACAUCAGGAGCCCAGGCAUUCCUUCACGAGUCAUUCAUGUACGCAAACUGCCAAAUGACAUAAAUGAAGCAGAAGUCAUUUCUUUGGGGCUUCCCUUUGGCAAAGUGACCAACCUUCUGAUGCUGAAAGGAAAGAACCAGGCCUUCCUGGAGAUGAACACUGAGGAGUCAGCACAGACCAUGGUCAGCUACUACUCCUCUGUCACCCCUGUCAUCCGCAACCACCCGAUCUACAUGCAGUAUUCCAAUCACAAGGAGCUAAAGACUGACAACUCACCCAACCAAGUUAGAGCACAGGCAGCACUGCAGGCGGUGAAUGCGGUCCAGACGGGAAGCAUGUCUUUGAGCACGGUUGAUGGAGCAGGCAUGGGGAGUCAGAGCCCAGUGCUGAGAGUCAUUGUUGAAAACCUCUUCUAUCCAGUUACUCUUGAUGUCCUUCACCAGAUCUUCUCAAAGUUUGGCACAGUUUUGAAGAUUAUAACCUUUACCAAAAACAACCAGUUCCAAGCACUGGUCCAAUACUCAGACGGAAUGACUGCUCAGCAUGCAAAACUGUCUUUAGAUGGACAGAACAUCUACAAUGCCUGCUGUACCCUUCGCAUCAGUUUCUCUAAGCUCACCAGCUUGAAUGUUAAGUACAACAACGAUAAGAGCAGGGACUACACUCGCCCUGACUUGCCUACAGGAGACAGUCAACCCUCCCUCAAUGCACAGACGAUGGCUGCAGCUGCCUUGACUGCUCCUGGUAUCAUCUCUGCAUCACCAUAUGCUGGGGCUCAUGGUUUUCCACCAACGUUUGCCAUUCAGCAGGCAGCAGGUCUGUCUCUGCAGGGUAUGCCUGCCGGGGCUUUCGCGUCGCUCGGUGUCCCUGGUGCUGCGGCAGCCGCCGCUGCUGCGGCUGCUGCAGGACGCCUGAGUCUUUCAGGUUAUACCGCUGGAGGAAACAGUGUCAUGCUGGUCAGCAACCUUAACCCUGAGAGCGUUACGCCCCAAUGCCUCUUUAUUCUUUUCGGUGUGUAUGGUGAUGUCAUGAGAGUGAAGAUCCUAUUCAACAAGAAAGAGAAUGCUUUGGUGCAGAUGUCCGAUGGAACCCAAGCCCAGCUAGCCAUGAGCCACUUGAAUGGGCAGAAGCUGUAUGGGAAGGCUUUGCGGGUCACUCNUUCCAAACACACCACUGUGCAGCUGCCACGUGAAGGCCAUGAGGAUCAGGGGCUCACCAAGGACUACAGCAACUCUCCUCUUCACCGCUUCAAAAAGCCAGGCUCCAAGAACUACUCCAACAUCUUCCCCCCUUCCUCUACUCUCCAUCUUUCCAAUAUACCACCUUCUGUCACUGAGGAUCAUCUCAGAGGCUUGUUUCUAAGUUCAGGAGCGGUGGUUAAGGCCUUUAAGUUUUUCCAGAAAGACCGAAAAAUGGCUCUCAUCCAGUUGGGCUCUGUGGAGGAAGCAAUCGAGUCUCUGAUCAAAUUUCACAAUCAUGACCUGGGAGAGAACCAUCACCUCAGAGUGUCUUUCUCCAAGUCCACCAUCUGAUAGAGGCUGGUUUAUUUUAGAGGAGGUGAAAGGACUGUCACUUUAGACCAAACUUUUAAGCCUUCCACAAUUUAUAUCACUGUGGACAAAUGUUUUCCACAACACACACUUCAUCAUUCCUUUAUUAUAUCUACAUUCACAUAUAUAUAUAUAUGGCUAUUUGUAAUUCCACUUUGAACCAGUAGAACUGAACCCAAUGUGACUUGGGUUUUAAUAGUACCUUUUCUCAGACGGUUUGUCUCAUGAUUUAGUUAAUCAUUGGCACACAUCGGUUUUGGAUCAUAGAUGCUGCAUAGUUUACACUUGUGCCUCUGCGGAAAGCCGCACCCUUUCAGGUUGCACAUGCGAAGCAUUGUUUUGUUUAUUGAACCUAUAAUUAACUUUUUCAAAGUUAUUCCCUAUUUGCCUUUUUGAAAAAAAGCAGCUGUGCCUUACAUGGUGUUUAGAGUAUAUAUUCUUAAUGGCCUUAGUAAUGUCUUGAUGUUUUUGGCUUCUUUGCAGAACCAUUAACCUCAAACAUACAAGAAAAAAAAAACCUGCUUGGUCUUCCCAGUUGCUCCCAGUUGCUCCCUGUGAUUUGACUAGUGAAAGCGCAGAUUGUUUUCCUGCGAAAAGCAGAAACUAGUUCAGAGUUCUUUACAGGCUUUGGUUUUGUACCUGACUGUCACAGCUUAUUUUGCAUAUAGUUAUUCUAUACAUGUGGUUCUUCUGCUUCUGUACCGUUUGUAAGAUUCUAUAGUUUCAUUCCAUAUUAAGUCGCACACAUAUUUUUGUAUACUGUAUCAUCUAUUUGGGCAUUGGCCUACUGUGCUCUUUGUGCCUAGACCAUCGUAUUGUCCAUUUAAUUGGGAGCUGGAUUUUAUUUUAUUUUUUUCCCUGUUGCUUAAGGGUUUCGUCGAUUUAUGAAACCACUUGGAUCCAAACCAGAGUUCGCCGCCUAUGAUUUUUACAUAAUUUUUGGUUAUGUUGCGUGUGGCAAAGGAAGUCAAGUUCACAAGAGUUUUAAUGAACUUGUAAACCGUUCGUUUUGACUUUCCAGAGCUCAAGUUUCUACUGGGUCUCUUUCUGUCACUUGCCUUUGUGUUAAAGAAUAUUAGCAUUACAGAGUCUUAAUCUCCUGUGUGACAAUUGUGUGAACCGAGACACCUGUGACAAGACGUCAGACUGUUUUUAGCACUUCUUUGUCUGAGGGGAAAUGUUAAGGCCAUGGCCAUGGGAAAUUCUCAGUUUAUUUUAUCCUUUGCAAUUUAGCAGAAUAUUGGCGUUACUGACAGGUGUUGCGCUUGUUUGUGUGGGUAUUUUUGUUUUUUUUCCUGAAGAGUAGCAUGAUGGACCAAAGCAUCUUCCCUGUUCUGCCAGCCAGUUUUUGAUAUCUUAUAGAGGUGUAUCUUUACUGUGCAGCGAUUAUUCAGUUUUUUUUUUUCAACAGCUUUGAUUUUAGUGGGAUGAAGGUGAAAAAAAAAAAGACUGCCUAUGUGUAUAUUAUUGCCUUUGUUUACAAGAAGCAACACACGAUCUUGAAAAUAAAAUAUUACAAAUUAGAGAAGACGUAGGGCUUUUUGGCCUAAAGUAUGUAUAAAAUUAUUUCUGUUAUCAGAGAACAGAACCAAACAAAAGUCUUAAAGUAGCAACAGAACUCCUUUCUAUUGCGUUAGUUAUACUUCCUUGUUUUUCCCAGUAUGGAUGUAAUGUUGAGAAAUGGAGUGGGCGAGGGCUACUGUAUAUAAUUUGUUUUGUACAAGUAAUUGAAAAUCAACAUAAUUUCUGUGGCAAACGUAUAUUUUGAUAAGGUAAUAGCAGACAUUCAGCUCAUUGCAGAGCCUUCCUUUUUUAUUACACAAUAUUAAAAGAGAUUCCAAUGCAUUGCGUCUGAACAUGUAAUUGCCCUCUUGAAAGCUUAACCUUCUUUUGAUAUAGAUGCUCGUACUUUUUCUGUCUUCAAUAAAUCUUUCUGUUUCUUGCUUUUA